AUGAUUCUGGCUGCGAUCCUGAACCUCGUCACCGGCCUCAUCGUUGACAAAUUCCCGGUGGUCUACCUAGUUCUGAUCUCGUCGGCUCUCGGUGCAAUGGCCCCGUUACUCAUGGCCAUCAACUCUCCAAGCUGGCCGUACUGGUAUGCAGCGUUUCCUGCGCAAAUGUUCGAGCCACUCAGUCCCGAUGUGAUAUUCACGGUGGGUAUCCUUCUCGUCUCGGGAGUAUUUCCGGAUCGGACACAAGCGCUUGCAGGUGCAGUCUUCAAUCCCGUCGGUCAGUUUGGUCAAGCUAUUGGACUUGCUCUCAUUGGCGUCGUGUCGAACUCGGUAACACACAACUCCAAGUACGCCGACAAAACUUUACCUGAUGCACUUUGGACUGGGUACCGUGCUGGCUUCUGGACGUGCACCGGAUGGAUGGUCCUUUCUUGCUUGAUCGGCGCACUCGGCCUUCACAAAAGUGGUAGAGUUGGCCUGAAGAGGGAUUGA